UUAUAACAUGGGUGCUUGUAGAAUCCUGCAUUGUCCAAGGGUGGCCCAAAAUAUCCUGGAAGGUCGCCUGUUUGAAAGGCGGCUGCGGUUGAUGAUGAAGAACGCAUGGUGCCGGGUUGCGAGCGGUCUCGACGGAGCGAGCCCAACUCAUGAGCGUAUCAAAUUUCAUCGUGGAAUCCUGCAGAUAGUGACUGGUGGUUACGACGAUGGUGUGAGCUGAACGACGGAUUGCGGCGCGCUCACCCCAGUGGUCGAUGAAAAUGCUUCAGGUGUUUGUUGGGUCUAAACGUGCAAAGGGACGAUGCAGGAGACACUUCGCCAGCGGCGAGAGGUUGGAGGAUGCAACGAAGGCGCGACGGGCGAAAAGUUGUGCGCGAGUGGCCUGCAAAAACCGCGGUAGAAAGUCAAGUUCAAGUUGGAGACGCGACAGGGCUUAUAUAGGCGCCCGGGUGGCACAAGGGCCUACGUGCGGGUGGCGUCGGUUUAUUGUUCAGGUUUCCAGCCUCUGCCAAGUGCUGGUAAAUCGUAUCUCCGACUGCAAUGCUGUGGCACUGGAUACGGUGGCUCAGAUAACGGAACAUGAGGGCUUCGUGGCGGUGGCGUUCGAAAGGCAACCUGCCAACACGCUUUACAAGAGCCAGCAAUACAUUAUGCGAGAGACACGGCCAGCACUAGGCUAGCCGGCUUGGACUGACGAUUACAAGACACAAAGCUAUAGUCACAAUUUACAUCCACGAGCCACGAACUCAUCACGAUAAGAAGUCCCGUCC